AUGAGUAUUACUACACCAAAUUCACGUGUAAUUCAACUUUUAUUCACUCCACCAAUUACUACAAGAUUAAUUGCAAAAAAGAUAAUAGUUGCAUUUGUUCAUCCAGAUGCAAAAGCAUCAUCAGAUGUACUGGACUCGGUUCGAACAAAAGAAUAUGUUACAACAACAAGAUUUGAGGAUAAAGCUCUUUUUGGAAUCAAUCCAAUAGUGUUUGAUAAAGAUACAUUAGAAAGUAGGGAAUUUUAUUAUUAUGUGAAAAAAAAAGAAAUAAAUUAUAUUUGA